GAUCAGACCUGGACUAAUGUCUGUUCUCAACUGGAUUCUGGAACUCAUGUUGCUCGCUCAGUAUAACCAGAUGAGUAUAAACUAAAAAGUUCUCACCAUGAUUCAUGAAGAUGAAGAAGUGGAAAAGACAAGAGGAGCAACACUGGGAAAGAGUUCAGCACACAAGCUUCAUUAUUGCUCUGAGUGUGGGAAGAGCUUCAGCGUGAGAGCGCGCUUCAGACGACACAUGCACAUACACACCGGAGACAAGCCCUACCGCUGCUCACACUGCCACAUGUGCUUCACGUCUCAGGAGAACCUGUCCGAGCACGCACAGAAACACUCCAGCCAGAGACCCCACCGCUGCUCGCAGUGCGGCAAGGGCUUCUUCAGACCGGGGAGACUUGAAGUCCACUGGAGGAUCCACACUGGAGAAAAGCCCCAUCACUGUGCUCAGUGCGAGAAGAGCUUCAAGAGCACAGAGGAGCUGCAGCGGCACGCACUCGUACACACGGCAGAGAAGCACCACCACUGCUGUCAGUGCGAGAGGAGCUUCAGGAGGAGCGGCCAGCUGCGCAGACACAUGCGCACACACACCGGCGAGAAACCCUACGGCUGUGUGCAGUGUGAGAGGAGCUUCUCCCGGCCUGAGCACCUCAGGGACCAUCAGCUCAGAGCUCACCGACACCAGACGCAUGAGCCCGCUUGAUGUCCAGCUUUACCUCUGCUUUCAGACUCCCCCAAAACACCAGCGCUUGCUUCACUUCCAGUCGGUAUAUGCGAAGAGAACAAUACAAAUCUAUCAAAAA